CAGGUGCAUCACCCGAUCCUUCUACCGGAACCUGGUGGGCGUUCUGUUGGUCUUUGAUGUGACCAACAGGGAGUCCUUUGAACACAUCCAGGCUUGGCACCAGGAGGUCGUAUCCUCUCAGGGCCCUGACAAGGUGAUCUUCCUACUGAUUGGUCACAAGUGCGACCUGAGCACCAGAUGUGUCUCCACCCAGGAGGCAGAGGAGCUGGCUGCCUCGCUGGGCAUGGCCUUCAUGGAGACCUCGGCCAAAAGUAACUGCAAUGUGGACCUGGCCUUUGACACUGUCACCAGUGCCAUCGAACAGGCCCUACAGCAGGGGGACAUCAAGCUGGAAGAGAACUGGGCAGGUGUCCGGCUCCUCCACAGAGCCCCCUGUCCCAGAUCCCCCAGCAGCAGAAAGCAGGACUCAGGCCCAUGCCAGUGUUGACUCUGGGAGAGAAUGGGUUCAAGUGGUGCCAGCCUCGGGUGCCCCAGUGACACUGGAGGGCAAAUGACAAAAAGACAACUAUCUCCUGACA